AUGGCGUCCCUUCUCGAGCUGAAGGAGGCUCUUGUGGAGAGCCUGGAGCGCAAGGGUAUCCUGGACGAAUUGAAGGCAAAAGUGCAGUCUGAAAUUUUUCAUUCGCUGGACGAAAAGAGCGCGAAGCGACCUGCCAUUCCCUCCGCAAACUUGGUGAUCAACGAAUUGAUACGAGAAUACCUGGAGUAUUGCGAUCGCGGUUGUAGUUCUUGUCUUGAUACAUUUGAUCUUGCAGACAGGGCGUAAAGCAGAUGAUGCGCAUUUCUUAUUCUUUGUACUUUUGAGAUCCGAUCAGGAAGUAUUUCAACUUUCUUGUUCUUCCCAUAGCCAUACACAGCAUUCACAUGAGUGCAACCCACAUUGUCAGGUACAAUCAGCAGUACCACACGCUUUCCGUGUUUCUGUCCGAAAGCGGACACCCGGAACAGCGGGUGUUUGAUCGACGGUUUCUGGCAGACGAACUGAAAAUAGCGGAUGUGACGAACGUGACACGGGCCGAGCAAACACAACACCACUCCAGUAAUCCGAACGCGAAGCUGCCCCUGCUCUACGGGCUGACGCAGAAACCAAAUCCACCUACCGUAGAUACCGCAACGCAACGACUGCAGCUCGGAGCGGCGUCCUCAGGGUUUGUUCCUGUUGGUGGCGGCACAACUUCCGAGAACAGACGAAGAUCGGUUUCUGCCGAUAGGGUUGGUGGGUCGUCGUCGAGCGGUGUGGCGCCAGUGACAGGAGGAUCCGGGAUUUUUGGCACGGGUGCAGCAUCACGUCCGCUUGUGGAUACAAGUCGUUUAAUCGCCGAAAACCACGAUGUCAUCAUGAAGGAGCCCAUGCACUUCUCGGGACCAGCCGGGAUAUCGUGAAGCAUGAGUUUGUGAUGAAAUCGUUCGCGUUUCAUUUUCGUCGGUGGAGAAACACCAGAAAUUACAACCAACUUAUCGUUAUCAUAGAUCCAUCUGCAUCAUGCGCGCAGAAGGAUGUGGUCACGCCAGGAAAUUUUGAUACGGACGAAUCUAGCGUCGUGAGACCCUUCACGAGCCGCCUAGCAGCAUAUCAGCAACGCGUAGGAACG